AUGGCAGCCACAACUGUCACUAGUGCAAUCCCUAAUCCCCCACUGAAGAUCCUUUGGGACGUUGUGGAAGCCACCACCGAACCUCCUAAACCAGAAGAUGGUGAAGCUGAGUUUAAGGCUUGGAGGAAGAAAGAUGCCAAGGCUUUAAUUCUAAUCCAGAAAUAUUGCGGCUCUGCUAAUUACUCUUUAAUCUGGGGCACUGAGACCGCCAAAGCUGCCUGGGAUACUUUGGCCGAAAAGCUAAACCCAGCUCAAGAGGAGUUGUUUCCGUUGGUGCCACGGGAAGACUUGAAUAUCAAUCCGACGUCGAAUGAUGAAAAUGAGAGUAUCCAUAUCGAUGAGUUCGGCCUCCAUCAACCCUUCAUUGUUAAUGUGAUAAGGGGCGAUUGGGAUUUAGUGAAGGAGUAUCUUAGUCGAAAUCCCGAAGCAAUCAGAGAAAGAGGUUCAAUAUCAGGUGCGACAGCUCUUCACCUGGCUGUUUCGUAUGAGAAUGUAAAUAUGGCGAAAGCGUUGGUGGAGUUGAUGACGGAGGAAGACUUGGAAAUACAGGACGCUAAUGGUGCAACAGCUAUGGUCUACGCUUCGAAUAAAGGAAUCACAGAAUUGGCUAAGUGCAUGAUUGAAAAAAACAAGAAACUGAUUAGCCUUCCAUGUCCUCCAGACAACAUAAUUCCACUUGUCCGGGCUUAUUCUAUCGGCCAUUGGGAAUUGGCUCGCUACCUCUAUUCUGUUACUCCACUCGAAGCUCUGUUGCAAGACGACGGCUGCGGUGGCGCUGAGAUUGUUUCGGAGAGUUUCAGGGCCAAAAAAUUAGGUAUACACGUACGACCUGAUUUAGCAGUUUAUGAUAUUCGCAUAAAUGUUGAAAAAGGAGAAGAUGGCCCAAUUAAUGAAAGGGAUCUCAUAGUUCGCUCAGGUAUGGGUAUACUGCGAGGACUUGUUCCAAAUCCCCGUGAACUUUUUGGAAUUAAUCACAUAUAUAAGAUGAAAUGGACCCACGAAAGAACAUCUGAAAUUCUACAUUCCAUGUGCGAAGUGAUAAAGGAUAAAAGUAGUAAACAACUGCAAGGAAGUGUCGUGGAAGCAGCAUUCUUCGAAGCCAUUAAACAAGGGCAUGUUGAGUUUGUUCGUGAGAUAUUUCGAGCAAACCCACCAGCGUUUGGGCUCACUGGUGAAAAUGGGAAGAGCAUGCUUCAGUUUGCCAUUGAAUGUCGUCAAGAAAAAGUCUAUUUCUUUUUAUAUAAAUUUACCGGAAUAGCGCCUCGUUUGUUAACGAGAACAGAUCAGUUUAGCAAUACGUUGCUACAUGCAGCAGCGAGUUUAUCCCCAGUUGCACAGCUUAAUCAAAUCCAAGGUGCCGCAUUGCAAAUGCAGAGAGAAUUACAAUGGUUCAAGGAGAUUGAAAACAUUGUACCUCCCAAGAUUCUUGAGGUUGUAAAUAUUACAGAUGGCAUGACAGCACGGGAUUUAUUUACUAAGAACCACAAAGAGUUGGCGAAAGAAGGAGAAAGAUCAAUGAAAGAGAUAGCAACCUCUUGUACGGUUGUAGGUGCUCUUAUCAUUACCAUCAUGUUUACUGCAGCAUUCACAGUUCCAGGUGGAAACAACGGAAAUACAGGCAAGCCCUUGUUCUUAAAUGAAAAGUUGUUUAAGGUGUUUAUAGUUUCUGAUGCCCUAUCACUCUUUUCUUCCACGACUUCUGUAAUGACAUUUUUGGGAGUCCUCACCUCACGCUAUGCCGAAGCUGAUUUCCUUAAAUCAUUGCCAACGAAAAUGAUUAUAGGCCUUUUCACCCUCUUUUUCUCCAUAGCCACCAUGAUGGUUGCGUUUGUUUCUACCCUUUUUAUUAUGUUGGGUGAAAAUUCAUGGAUUGUGAUUCCAGUCAUUUUACUUGCUAGUGCCCCUGUCGUCUCCUUUGCAUGGAUGCAAUUUCCCCUCCUUGUUGAGAUCUUCAUUUCUACUUAUGGAGCAGGAAUAUUUGCCAAAAAGGGCAAACCUUUGGCAGCAACAGACGUCUUGUGA